AUGGAGGCAUCACACUUGGCACAGCCUACUAAGGGGAAGUUAGCCCUGCCAACCAUAUUCUCUGAAGAAAAAAUUUCCAUGGUAACUCAUUGCAAUGGAGAGAAAAAGUUGGAUGUUGAAAAUCUUCUGAUUCUAAUCGAGAACGUCCUACCAGCUGCAAUUGAUGUGCAGGAUAAAGCACACAAGGGAAAAGUGGAAUGUAGGCCUGUCGAUUCCAAUUUUAAAUCUCCCUUUUGUACGCUGAAGCAGAUUUCCUCGGAACUGAUGGCAUGCAAAGCUCCAGGUGAAGUGGAUAUUGAGAAAACGGCAUUGGCAAUACUCAACUUGCUGUCAAGCUAUUCCUGUGAUGCAAAGCUAGUGCUGAGCCUUGCCGCUUUAACGUUGGAGUUUGUGGAUUUAUUGCGCGUCCUAAAGGACUUAACUGAUGGCUCAUCUAAGUUACCACGUGAAUUUUUCAAGUCCUUGGCAAUUUUAAAGCGCUUAUCUGGGUUCUCGAUCCAUGAACAUUUAGAACUUGUUAAGCUUAACAAUCUCAUCAAGAACAUUUUACAAGUUACCAGAUCAAUCUUUGAAUUUGAGAAGCUACGUAUGCAAAGUCAAUCUGCUGAUAAACUCUCAACAAUUAUCCCAAACUAUGUCUAUUUGACCAUCACAAGUAUUGUGGCUUGUGCUACUCAAAUAACAAUUCUCAAAAACAAAGAGGAAGCGCAAGAUCUAUCCGAUUGGUCUGAAAAUAUGAUGUCUAUCCUGAAAGACCUUGAAAAGCGUAAACAAAUUUACAAUGAACAAUGGGAGGUGGAUAUCUAUUGGAAUCUCUUUUACAGCUUCCAAAAUUCUUAUGCUGAAUCGUCUCUCCAAAUAGUAGAGAUUCUCAAGCUGCUUAUUGGUGCAGAGAAUGAUGUAAAGCUGCUGCACAGUACAGAUGGUUCCACAGUUGAGGAAAUAAAACUCAAUAUUCUAUGGAAGAAGGACGUGCUUUUGUUAAUUUCAAGCCUAGAUAUCUUGGACGAAGAUAUUGAGAUUCUCAAAUCGAUUUAUCAAGGAUUAAAAGGCUUCAAUUAUGAGAUCGUAUGGAUCCCCAUUGAGGAGCUGUGGACUGCUGAACGACAGGAAACGCUUUAUAAGUGGCAAGCUCAUAUGUCGUGGUACACUGUAAAGAAGUUUUCAUCCAUAGCAGGAAUAAAAUAUAUCAGGAAGCAAUGGCAUUUCAAAGGUGAGCCUAUUAUGGUGUUGAUGAAUCGACAAGGGCAGGUGGAAAACCUCAAUGUACUCCCCCUUAUCCCUAAAAUGGGAGUAGCGGCCUUUCCCCACAUUCCGAUGACUCAAGAAAGUACUGAAGCAGUGCAGAGUUGGCUUAGUCUUCUAACACAAUCCAUGGAUCAAAACAUUGAAACAUGGAUCAGUGAGGAAAAGUACAUUUUCUUAUAUGGAGGUACGGAUCAACUCUGGAUCAAAAAGUUUGAAGGCCACAUGAAAAGCAUCAGCUUCGGAAACUUUACCAACCAAAAAGAAGGAAACAAUACCAACGUGGUGUCCCUUAAUUAUCAAGAAAAUGGAAGGCGCUUUUGGACAAUGAUAGAAAGCUUCUACUCUCUCUACUCUGUCAAGGCUAAACAGGAAGUCAAUAGUACCACCAUUUGUGAAACAUUUCAAGUACUAGAAAAGCUAAUUUCCUACAAAACGGCGAGUAGAUGGGCUAUGCUUACUAAAGGUUCAACUGUGUUAAUUAUUGAUCAUGGUACCAAAAUCUUGAGGAUGUUGAAGAGGGUUAAGAAGGUAAAUCAUUUUAGUGGGGACAACUUGGAAAUUAUAUUCAGGGAGUACUAUGGAAAGGUCAUCAAUGAAUCAUUUGACCACUCUUACCAAGUUGACUACUCAAGCUUAGCCGAAGAUAUCCCAGGUUCCAUGGAAUGCAUUGUAUGUCAUAAAAAUAUGGAGAAAUUCACCAGCUUCCGUUGUGGCUAUAAUUUGAUCACUGAGCAUGAAAAUGAAGCUACCAACAAUUAUAAGGACAAACUGAUAAAUGGCAUCGAUAUGAUCAACCAUGAUCAACGCACUGCCAGGGUCAUCCAAUCGAGGGAUUUGCCAAUGAUGUAG